GCAAGUUGGCUCUACGGCUGAACUGGCUGGAUAUUCAUGGGUCCGAACACUGUCAGGGUUAAAAUAAGGCCUCCCGCUAACCAAUUUCUUGCCAUCGCUGUCUCAGGAAUUCUUCCAGAGGAGAGGUGACAAGCAUCUUUUCCCAACCACAGCCCAAGUGAACUUUUGUGCAGUCAGUCGAGGCUUGGCGUGCGCAAACAAGUCCACCUUGCAAGAGUCACCACUCCAAGGACAACCUUGCGCAGUUGCCGUAAAAGGGGCAGGCGGGAUGAUCUAAAGGAGCAAGGACAACUCAGCAUCCAAACUCCUGCUUUAGGAGUAAAAGUGUGGCGUGCUCCUCCGCAUCCACUGGAGCAACCGGAUAACAGAACUGUGUUUUGUUCAGGCACAACCUUGGAAUAAAUUAAGGAGCACCAAUCAGCAGCGGAAGAGAAAUGAUUGCACGGAAAGAAAGCAUGCGCGGGACUGAUUAUGUUUCUCAAUCUUCCUGCCGAGAGGCACCAGAGUCGAGGCCGAGAUGGCAAGGGCAUGGAUGUUGCUGAGCGAGGAGACUGCUGCACAGGGGAGCCUGAUCAGGGAAGACCACCACGUAUUGACCGCUAAGGCCUCUGAGAACCAUUUGACCCCGGCUGCUGUGCAAUUGAGCUUGAAGGAGCUGCAUCGGGCGGCCCAGAACGGGGACACACGCCUGGUCAAGCAGCUGUUGAAGCAUGGAGCAGCCACGGAGAGCAGAGACAAGAACGGAUGGACACCAUUACACGCCGCCUCCUUGAACGGCUACUGCACUUUGGUGAAGUUUCUUGUCCAGCGUGGAGCAGUGGUCCACGUGGAUGAUGCUGCUGGCUAUACGCCCCUGCACCACGCCGCCUGGAGCGGCCACACUCAAAUAGCAGAGUUCCUCUUGAGCCGCGGCACGGGGGCGAAGGCGGCGACAGCAGGAGGCCUCACGCCGCUCCAUCUUGCGGCAGCCAACGGGCACACCCUGAUGGUGCAGAUGCUCUUGCAACACGGAGCAGAUCCGGCCCUCCUGGACCGCCACGGAUGGCUGGCCUUGCAUUGGGCAACGGCCAACAACCAGCUGCACAUUAUGGACCUGCUGAUAUCCUGGGGCUUUAGCCCAGAUCUUGGAAGCCAGGAGGGCAUCUCAUCGUUGCAUAUCGCAGCUGAGACUGGGGGAACGGAAGCUCUACGUCUCCUGCUUGCGAAGGGGGCCAACGUCAAUGUUCAGGAUGGGCUGGGAAGGACGCCCCUUUCCAUUGCUUCUACCAAUGGGCAUCAUGAGACGGUGAAGUUGUUGCUCCAGAGCCAAGCAGCUGUGAACCAGGCCGACCAUUACGGCUGCACUGCACUCCACAAGGCCACGACCGCAGGACACUUGCUGGUUGUCUGCCUCUUGGUAGGAGAAGGAGCCGCUACCGUUAACGGAAAGGACAACCUCAACCUGACUCCGCUUCACAGGGCUGCCAGCCGCGGCCACCUCGACGUAGCCCGCUACCUCCUCGAGCACGGCGCCGACGUCAAUGCCGCCGGCUGGCUCAGCAAAACCCCGUUGCACCUGGCUGCCGAGAAAAGACACUUUCCUUUAAUGGAACUCUUGUUGGCCAAGGGGGCAAACCUUCUGCUGAGGACUCAGUGGCAGGAGACGCCUGAAGAGCUGGUGUCAGAGAAGUCUAGUCCUGGAGGUUCCACCACUCAAGACAACCCUGGGCCACCCCAAUCACAUCUCCCCUCCACCUCCCCAACUUCCUGAUUCAGACCCUCUGCCUGGACCAAUCUCAUAUUAA